ACAUUUUCUUAAAUAAUUGUUUUAGUUUUAGAAUUAAUUAAAAUAAUAUCUCUACCCGACCACCACCGCCAGUUAGCUACAACAGAACAGCCGAUGGCGAUGAUCCCUCACCGCCACCGUAUAGCGACGCUCACUCGCCGCUUAUGUUCCUCCUACUCCACCACAAAACUUCCCACACUCUACACUACCGACACCCCCGACUCAACAACAAUCCAACUCCUCUCUUGGGGCAAAGGCGCCUCCGGCCAACUCGGCGGCGGCGUUGAAGAAACUCGUCUCUACCCUUCUCCAGUCACCAACCUACUUCUCCCGAAAUCCUCUUUCACCCUUUUCAAAACCCCCGGGGUUUUACCCGGGCCUGAGGGGAGUAAUGGAGUUGUGGAAAUGGGUAUCUCGUGUGGGCUUUUUCAUUCUUGUUUGGUUGUUGAUGGAGCGCUUUGGGUUUGGGGGAAAGGUGAUGGUGGAAGAUUAGGGUUAGGUCAUGAGAAUUCGUUGUUUGUCCCUACUUUGAAUCCUCACCUUGAGAAUGUGAGGUCUGUUGCUCUUGGUGGGUUGCAUUCCGUUGCGCUUACUUCUGCGGGUGAAGUCUUCACGUGGGGUUAUGGUGGUUUCGGUGCUCUUGGACACUCGGUAUAUCAUAGAGAGCUAUUCCCUAGGUUGGUAAAAGGCUCCUGGGAGGGAACUAUUAAACACAUUGCUACUAGUGGAGCACAUACUGCGGCAGUAACAGAAUCAGGGGAGCUUUAUAUGUGGGGACGAGAAGAAGGAGAUGGUCGAUUGGGUCUUGGUCCUGGUCGGGGCCCAGAUCAUGCAGGUGGACUUAGUAUCCCUUGCAAAGUAAAAGAGUUACCAUUCCCUGUUGCUGCUGUUUCUUGUGGGGGAUUUUUCACAAUGGCAUUGACAGAGGAAGGACAAUUGUGGAACUGGGGAGCAAAUUCUAACUAUGAACUUGGGAGAGGUGAUAAAAUUGGUGGUUGGAAACCAAGACCAGUUCCUAGCCUUGAGAAGGUUCGAAUAACUCAAAUUGCAAGCGGAGGAUAUCACUCCCUUGCGUUAACAGAUGAUGGCAAAGUACUUUCAUGGGGCCAUGGUGGACAAGGCCAGUUGGGUCAUGGAUCUGUCGAGAGCCAGAAGAUACCAACAUUAGUUGAGGCUAUAGCUCAUGAGCAUAUUGUACAUAUUUCUUGUGGGGGUUCUUUUUCAGCAGCUGUCACAGAUAAAGGAAAGUUAUACACGUGGGGAAAUGCUGCAGAUUCGCAAUUGGGAGUUCCUGGACUCCCAGAAAUACAACCAUGCCCCAUUGAAGUAAAUUUUUUAAUGGAAGAUGAUGGAUUCGGCCCACACAAGGUUUUAUCAAUUGCAAAUGGCGCAUCACAUGCAAUGUGUUUAGCUUUGAGGGAAAGUUGUUGAUUAUGUCCAAUUCAGCAUAGAGAUAGUUGAUCUUGAAUAAAGUAGAUUUCAUAGGUGAAAUGCAGAAAAAGCUUAUCUUUAUGUGGAGUACAAGUUACACAUUAUUGUUACAAGGGAUUCAGAUCUCAAACUCAUUAUCAUGAAUCCUCAAACUCAUUAUCAACGAACCAUAUUUACUCAAUUCAGUUUUGAUAACUUUAUAUUGUUGUAACUAACGUGACAUGAAGAUCAACUUACAUUUGACCAA